AUGCCCACAAAACAUUCUUCGGCUGUCGUCAAGUCAACUUCUUCGCUUCAGCAGCUUCCGAACAACAACAUCAACGGUCAUCCGAAUGUAAAUAAUAGCAAAAAUUCAUCAUCAGCAACAACACAAAAUAAAUCCAUCAAGACAAAGAAAUCUAAAAAUUCAACUAUAGCAUCACCACAACAAUUUUCUACUCCGCAGACGAAAAAUUGCGUGGAGUCGUCAUCAAAUUCUUCCGCGAUGGGAGCUGAUCAAGAUAAUUCAUUGUCGAAAUCUUUGUCAUCAUCGCCGACAGCAAUAAAUCAUCAUGAAGAUGUCCCGAGCGAAUAUUUGCAUGGUUCGGAAGGCAUUGAUAGUGUUUCCUUGAUAAAUGCAAAUAUUCAAAUUGAGCAACGCAAAAAAUUUGCUCUUAAAAAGAUAAUUGCUGGAUACACGAAAGGAAUAACUUUUCUUUAUCAUCAAAAGUUUGAAAUUGCAAUAGGCUGUUUCACAACAUCUCUCGGACUGAAACAAAACUUAUAUUUCACAAUUUCAAAGGAUGAAGAUGAUGAAGAAAAUUCUCGGAAUGAUGACACACAAUGUCAGCAAUCUCAAGAAACUCCAUUCUUACUCGAAUCUACUCUAUUCGAUGAUGACCAACACCGACAAGACCUUCAUUCAUCUCUCAACAUUCCAGAAUUACUUUGCUCUUCAUUACCUCUUUCUCCUUGUACCUUUACUUUGUAUAUUUUGAGAGCCAUUGCAUUCAUUGGUCAUCAUGUUUACUCUAAAGCAGUUGUAGAUUGUGACUCAGUGCUGAGACAGAAUUCUUCUUACCAUUCGGCAUAUAUUAUCAAAGGACAUGCACUGAUAUGUAUGAGAAAAUAUAAGGAAGCCUAUAUGAAUUUUACUGCACUUCUCGAACAAAGCAAUAUGGAAAGAACCAAAUCAUCACACAAAUGUGAUAUCGAUUUUGAGUUGCUGUAUGAACGAAAGGAAGAUGUAUUUGAUAGUUUACGAACGCUUCAUGGGCUUUCUUAUCAUAUUUACGAAAUGUCCAAGAAACAAAACAAAAAUAAGAACGACUUGGAUGUUUUAGAUCAAUCAGUUAUUAACAUUUAUAUUUAUUGUUUAGCAUCAUCUCCCACUGAUAUUAAUUGCCGAAGUAUGGGCGCAGUGCUGCUAGUAGAUUACAUUGCAAGUGCUGUCAAUGAUUACAACCAUGUAAUGUUUGAAUAUUUUGAGAAAAUUGAUCUCAAAAAUAAGAAGGAGAACAAGAGCGUUCUCGAAGAAAUAUUUGAAGAAGAGGAAGAACGGUCACUCAUACUCAACGGUAUAGACAGUAUUUUAGAUUCUCUGUGUUUAUGGGACGACCAAGAACUAAAAUUAUUUUCCACAAGAGCUGUGACUGAUCUAUGCAAUGUUGACAAUGAUUGUUCGAUACGAAGGAGAAUUGUACAGUAUGAGGAUGGAGAUGCAUUACGACAAAUUAUUCAGCAACUUUCUCUGAUCGAUUAUAUAAUCCCUGAUAUGGGAGAAAAUGACACACAACUUUGUGAAUUGUUGGAAGCUUCUGUUUGUGCUCUGGCAGCAAUUGCUAGAGGAGGAACUUCUGAUUUAAGUAGAACCAUUUAUGAGAUGAACGGUCUUAUUGCCCUUUCUCCAAUUUUACUUCAAGUUUCGAAAUCUUUGGCCACCCAAAGACCUCCUAUCAUUAAGGCCGUUUUUAUUGCACAAUGUUAUGCAUACUUGUCCGUAGAAAAUUUUGACAUUAAGGAAGCAAUAGUAUCUGACGAGAAAGUUCUUCUUGCUCUUUACAAGCUCUCAUUACAGAAUAUCGAUAUGGAAGCUAAAAAUUUUGCUAUUAUCACUGUGGGAAAUAGUUGUCAAAAUCCAGAAUGCUGGGGAAAACCACUAUUAUUGAAACAAAUUUCCGAGCAAGUCAACAAUACACUCAUUUCGAAAGGUUAUUUAGAACUUUUGGUGGAGAUUAUUAAGAAAAAGCCGUCCGCUACGACCACUUCAACAGCAGCAGGAAACUCAAAGAAAAAAUCAUCCAACAUUGAUGCUUCGUUGAUCGAACUUCAAUACAACGCUAUUAACACAAUGACAGGACUUUUAGGAUUUGAAAGUGGCAGAAAAAGGUUCAAGAAAAAUCAUGGAGAAGAAAUUCUCACAAAUAUCAUUCUUGAAUCCAAGUUUGAAGCCCUUCGAGAAGUCAGCAGCAAAGCCAGAACCUUCUACAUUACUCUCAAUGAUUACGGAGAUAAUAUUUCUGAAUAUGUGUUCACCAAGUUUAAAUUCUUUAAUUAUUCCAGAAAUCCGGAACUAGAAUCUUCCUCGACGCCAUACCAAUCUCUUGUGGAUUCUUCAAAUACUAACAACAAUAUAGCUACUCCGUCACGAUCUAUUACCGAUCAAAGCCAUAACAAUGGUAGAAAUGACAAUGCUAUUACUCCAACUAGUAGUGCCCAACAAAAUAAUACUGUCCCUACCAGCAGAGAAGAAAUUAUCAAAGAAGAAACAUUGAGAUUUUUGGAAAUGAAACGAAAGGGAGAACUACCAAAUGAUUUCAAUGAAGAUUUUUACUCCAAACUUAUGAAUGGUAUAUUGGGUAUUGGAGUGGUGGGUAUGGGACCCAUGUCGUCAUCGAAUCAACAAGAUCACACAAGUAACGCAAAUCAAAGCAACAAGCCCUCUAAAAGUACCUUAAAGAAUGUGACACUAUCAUCCUCUUCUGCUGGUACUGAAGAAAAGAAGCCACCAAAAAGUGCAACUGCCAAUCCCAUAACGAAUGCUCCCACCAAAAAGACACCAUCUCAUUCACAUGAAAAAUCACCACUUAUUUCAAAAGAUAAUAUUGAUGAUAUUGCAGACUUGAUUUCAUCUUCACCGGAUAAAAACAAAAAGAAAAAGAAGAAACAACAGCCAUCCAACAAGAAAAAGAAACAAGAGACCACAAAGAAAAUAACAGAGCAACAACAGCCAAAAAAGACCUCCUCAGAAUCUACCAAUAAGUUGCCAAUCACGACCUCACCAUCGACAGUUCAAACGAAAAAUGUGGAAUCUAGGAAAAUAUUACAGCCAUCGCCUCAUCCUUCUCAAAAAGUUAUUGAAUUAUCAGACGAUGAAGAGAGUACUGAAGAAGAAGAAGAAGGAGACGAAGUUUCAAAAUCAGAGAAAGGUCUGAAAAACGAUAUAUCUGCUUCUACGACUUUUGCCACCUCCUCAAUGGCUUCAAACAAAGAGUUGCGAGGAAAUUCACCUUCUCUGCAUUCUGUGAUCGCAAUGGGUGAAGAUGACACCACAACCGUUUCCUACGAAAAUUUAACACCUGAGGAAAUUUUUAUGUUGGAGUUUGAAAAGGGAAUGGAUAAGUUAAUCAAGGAAUUGUGGUACACAUAG